AGCAUAGUCAUUCGAAUCCAGUAUUAGUGCGGUGUAGAGUGCUCGGUGUUUUGUAAUCCACUUACUCAAAUUCUCCUCUCUCUCUCUCUCUCUCUCUCUUUCUCUUUCUUCGUCUCUCUAUCUGUUUUUUCUUUUUCUCACGUGACUACGAUCGAUUAGUGUGUAAAAAUGCCUUUCAAGCCCGUGGAACAUCCAAAAUGCCCUAAAUGUGACAAAUCUGUUUAUGCUGCAGAAGAGCGAGUUGCCGGUGGACUAAAAUGGCACAAAACAUGCUUCAAGUGCGGUCUUUGCAAAAAGGCUCUCGACUCGACAAACUGCACCGAGCACGAGCGCGAGCUGUAUUGCAAAGUCUGCUACGGCCGCAAGUUCGGCCCUAAAGGCUACGGCUUUGGUGGUGGAGCUGGCACCCUGUCCAUGGACCAAGGCGAACAUCUUCAAGCGAAGGACGAGGGUGAAUUUUCGCGAGGUUCGAAUGCUAUUCUCGAGCCUCGGGCUAUCGCCAAGGCACCCGAGGGAGAGGGAUGUCCUCGAUGCGGAGGGUACGUUUAUGCUGCAGAGCAGAUGUUGGCUCGAGGAAGGGCUUACCAUAAACUGUGCUUCAAGUGCAAAAUGUGUCGCCGCACUCUGGACUCGACGCUUCAUUGCGAUGGUCCCGACCGCGAGAUAUACUGUCGAGCUUGCUAUCCGAAGAAAUUCGGUCCGCGGGGUGUCGGCCACGCCGGGAUUAUGUGGAUCGGGCUGCAGUGCGAUAUUGAGGACGAGGGCGAUGCGGCUCCUCGUACCACCGUGAUCGACACCGCGAUUAUCAAGGCCCCGCCCGGCAAGGGUUGUCCUCGCUGCGGUGGCGUCGUCUUCGCCGCCGAGCAGGUGCUCGCCAAGGGCCGCGAGUGGCACCGGAAGUGCUACAAAUGUCACGACUGCACCAAAACGCUGGACUCGAUCAUCGCCUGUGACGGCCCGGACCGGGAUGUUUACUGCAAGACCUGUUACGGAAAGAAGUGGGGACCGCACGGAUACGGAUUCGCAUGUGGCUCGGGAUUCCUCCAGACCGACGGGCUCACGGAGGAAGAAAUUUCGGCCAGUCGACCUUACUACAAUCCUGAUACGACCUCGAUUAAGGCGCCAGCUGGGCAGGGUUGCCCCCGUUGCGGUGGCAUGGUGUUUGCCGCUGAACAACAGCUCGCCAAGGGCACCAUGUGGCAUAAGAAGUGCUUCAAUUGCGCCGAGUGUCACCGACCCUUAGACUCCAUGCUGGCAUGCGAUGGCCCUGACAAGGAAAUCCAUUGCCGCGCGUGCUACGGAAAACUCUUUGGGCCCAAAGGUUUCGGGUUCGGCCACAAACCGACUCUCGUCUCGACGAACGGAAAUCAUGCCCCUUCGUACAUCGACGCUAAGCCCCAGGUCGGCCAGAAGCGAAACGACGGGCACGGUUGCUCGCGCUGCGGUUACCCGGUGUACGCUGCCGAGCAGAUGAUCUCGAAGAACCGCGUAUGGCACAAGCGGUGCUUCAGCUGCGGUGAGUGUAACCGUUCCCUGGAUUCGACGAACUUGAACGAUGGUCCGGACGGGGACAUCUACUGCCGCGGUUGCUACAACCGGAACUUUGGGCCUAAAGGCGUGGGCUUCGGAAUGGGCGCGGGUACCCUCACGAUGGCCUAAUUGGUAGGCCCUACUCCCUCACACACCGCUCGAGGAAAACCCUCGAUCCAGUCUUAUAUAUUAAUGUAAAUACAUCUAUAUAUAGAGGCGUCUGACUGUGUAUCCGACGACAGACGAACGCGCUGCUCCGGGAAUUUCGAUUUCUCCUAUCCUAUAGCUUACGACGAUUCGAUAAUGUCGAUGACUACAUUUUCAUUAUCGCGAACAGCGCUGUAGUGGAGAAUAAUGGUGUCUAUUUGAUUCCAUGAUCGAUGAGGCUCGAUCGCGCACGAGUAAGCCACUGCAGGCUGUUGAUAAUGUUGCGAUAUGAAAUCGCGUAUUGUGUGCGUGAGAUCGUAUUACAGAUGAAUUUAUUAUUGAACUAAUUAUAUAAUCUGUUUAUUCGUAAUACGAAACAAGAUACAAAUUUGUCGUUUUAAUAAUGGCACAGUAACUUUUCCCACUCCAAAAUAUAUGAAGCUUUGAUAUUAAAGAGCUCAAGAAAAUACGUUUAGAAGAACAUAAAAAGAACAUAAAAAGAAGUACAGGAUUUUUUAUGUAUCAGUUAAUAGACUUACUUAAUAAAGCACAUUUAUUUUUUAGAGACAUCUACCGUAAAUUUUUCUUUUGCUCCAAAUUUCAGAUUUGAAGGAAUCGACUUUGCCAUUAUUAAAAUAAUGCUUCAUCCGAUCGCAAGUUAUCGACAAUACGUGGAUUUAUUCUUGCAGUCAAUUAGACCCAUUCAUGCUCAAUCGUCACGAUGGCUUGCACCGGUGCUAUGAAGAUUUUAUGGGAUUCGUAAACGUAUUACAAGAGUUAAAACUGAAGUGCCAGUUUCAUUCGCUUAGUUGUUCAAUGAUUCUACUAUGUUUCAUACAAUUUUCGUAGUAAUCUGAGUGAUUCUUGUGUGAUGACGACACUACACGCAAACGAUUAAUCUGAUGAUGAGCAAUUACGAACGUAGGAAACUUUUAUUAUUUUCUUUCGUCUUCCUUUUUUUAUUCUUGAUCAGGAAAUAGGAGAUUACGACUCGACAAUCGAUCCGCGAGAUGUCAGAUUUAAAGUUGUAAAAACACUGGCAAG